AUGUCGACACAGCAAGGAACUACUAGUUCUACUUCAAAUGGAUCCCAAAAAUUUGACCCAACUUUCACUACAAAUGUCAUCAACGCUAUUGGCCCUAAGACCGAUCCCCGAACAAGGCAAUUGAUGGGUUCUCUCAUUCAACACAUCCACGACUUUGCACGGGAGAAUGAGCUCACAAUAGAUGAAUGGAUGGCCGGUGUCAACUUUGUCAACACCAUUGGACAAAUUAGCACCCCCAUCAGAAAUGAAGGUCACCGAGUUUCAGAUGUUCUCGGCCUCGAAUCUGUCGUCGAUGAAAUCGCACAUCAUGUCAUGACCGAAUCUGGCGAGACACCUACAUCCUCUUCAAUCCUCGGUCCAUUCUGGAGCCCCAACGCCCCAUUCAGACCACUUGGCGGAAGCAUCAUGCAGGACCCAGUGCCUGAAGGUGGAAGGGCUACUUUGAUGCACGGAACCGUCACCGAUUUGAUCACCAAGAAGCCAAUCCCAAAUGUAGUCGUUGACAUCUGGCAAGCAUCUGCCAACGGAAAAUACGAUUUCCAAGACCCUGAAAACCAAACCGAUAACAACUUGAGAGGAAAGUUCAGGACCGAUGAGAACGGACAAUAUCAUUUUUACUGCUUGCACCCAACUGCAUACUCACUGCCAACUGAUGGAUCAGCCGGUGUUCUCUUGAAGUUGCUUGAUCGUCACCCAAUGAGACCUGCUCACAUUCACUUGAUGAUCUCAAAUGAAAACUACAAGCCAGUAACAACUCAAAUCUACCCCAACACCGACCCAUACCUCAUCAACGACAGCGUUUUUGCAGUAAAGCCAGAUCUUGUCGUUGACUUCAAACCACGCCAUGGUGACCCGAAAGCAGAAUUGGAUCUCGAAUAUAACAUUAUCCUGGCACCCAAGGAUUUCAAGGGUAUGGGUACCUCUUCAACAUCAACAAUUGGAUUGGAACCAAAGCUAUAA